AUGGUGGUGCAGGACAGUGCAGACACUGGAGACGCCAGGGUAGGCGUGCGGCUGGAGCCCUUCCUGCACCAGGUCGGGGGACACCUGAGUGUGAUGCAGUACGACGAGCACACAGUGUGCAAGCCCCUCAACUCCCAGGAACAGAGGUUCUACGAAUCCCUGCCGCUGGCCAUGAAGCGCUUCACCCCUCAGUAUAAGGGCACCAUUACAGUGCACCUCUGGAGAGACAACAGUGGCCAUCUCAGCCUGGUCGCCAACCCGCUAAAGGAGAACCGGGGGCCCUUCAAGGUCUCCACGGAGUCAGCGGCGAUGGCGAUAUGGCAGACGCUGCAGCAGACCACCGGCGGCGGUGAUGCCCAUGCUCUCACCCAGUGGCAGCAUGCACAGCUGGCACACUCACUCAAGGAGAGCCCUGCCAAGGCGCACCUAGCGUCCGAGUUCCACUUCAACGCCGAGGCCUCCUCCCUGGUGGAAGACGCCAGCAGGAACCAGGCGGAAAGGAGCUUUAACCCGUGGGGGCUGCACUGCCACCAGGCCCACCUGACCCGCCUGUGCUCCGAGUACCCGGAGAACAAGCUGCACCGGUUCUUGCUGCUGGAAAACGUCGUGUCACAGUACAAGCACCCCUGCGUCCUGGACCUGAAGAUGGGGACCCAGCAGCACGGGGACGACGUGUCGGAGGAGAAGAAGGCCCGCCACAUGAGGAAGUGCGCGCAGAGCACGUCGGCAGGCCUGGGCCUGCGAAUCUGCGGCAUGCAGGUUUAUCAAACUGAUAAGAAGCACUUUCUCUGCAAAGACAAGUACUAUGGAAGAAAACUCUCAGCCGAGGGGUUCAGACAAGCCCUCUAUCAGUUCCUGCACGACGGAACCCGCCUCCGGACAGAGCUCCUGGAGCCCAUCCUUUGCCAGCUCCAGGCCCUCCUCUCGGUCAUCAGGUGCCAGAGUUCAUACCGGUUCUACUCCAGCUCUCUCCUCAUCAUCUACGAUGGGCAGGAGCUGCCGGGAAGAACCACAGGGGGCCCACAUCCUCAGGGGCCUCCGCAGACAGCCCCCGGCAGCUCUCCCGGAGGCCUCGCCAAAGUUGACAUCCGAAUGAUCGACUUUGCUCACACAACCUACAAGGGCUCCUGGAAUGAGCACACCACCUACGAUGGACCAGAUCCCGGCUUUAUCUUUGGCCUGGAAAACCUCAUCCACAUCCUGCAGGAUAUCCAAGAGGGAGAAUGA